GUGCUGCAAAGCGCCUGCCUCCUCCUGCCUUCAUGUCUUCUCUCAACUGCGGGGAGAAAGCCUGUGCAGCCGCAGCGGGUUGCGGGGAGGAGUCUCCUCUCCUCCCCAGGGCCGGCUCAAGGGUCAGGAGCAGGAGGGUGCUGUUCCCCAUUGCCUGCUCUCCUCAUCGCCUUCAGCAGCACCACAAAGUGGCACGUGGAGGCAGUAGUGAGCUCAGGACAGUCCAACCCAACCUUCUACCUGAAGAAAGGUUCUAAGACUUAUGUGCUUAGAAAGAAACCUCAUGGCCCUCUCCUACCUCAAGCUCAUAAGGUUGAUAGAGAGUAUCGAGUGCAGAAAGCUUUGUUUGCAGCUGGAUUUCCAGUGCCUGAGCCCCUCUUAUACUGCAGUGAUGCUUCUGUGAUUGGAACAGAAUUCUACGUGAUGCAGCAUGUACAGGGCCGUAUCUUCAGAGACCUUGCAUUACCUGGAGUUAGCCCAGCUGAAAGGUCUGCUUUGUACAUAGCUAUGAUCGAAACCCUGGCCCGGUUGCAUUCAUUCAAUGUGAAUUCACUGGGCCUCCAAGGCUAUGGAAGAGGAUCAGGUUACUGUAAGAGGCAGAUAUCAACCUGGAGAAGACAGUACCAAGCAGCUGCUCAUGCUGACAUUCCAGCUAUGGAUGAGUUAGCGGAAUGGUUAGUGAACAAUGUGCCAGCUGGUGAUGCUGAAGAAAACUUGAUUCAUGGAGACUUUAGAAUAGAUAACAUCAUAUUUCAUCCAAGAGAGGCUCGUGUGCUGGCGGUGCUGGACUGGGAACUUUCUACUACAGGGCACCCUCUGGCAGACUUUGCUUAUAGUAUUGCUUUCUACUUUUGGCCUCCAAACCUUAUGCACCUAAACCUAGGAACCUUUAAGAAUAUAAAUGAUACUGCAGGAAUUCCUACAAUUGAAGAAUUGGUCUCGGUUUACUCUCGCUGCAGGGGUACCACAACUUCCUUAGACAACUUGAAUUUCUUUCUUGCCCUUUCUUAUUUUAAAAUAGCUUCGAUAUGCCAGGGUAUAUAUGCCAGAUAUCUUCUUGGAAAUUCUGCUGCGGAAAACAGCCAUAAGUUUGGCAACAUGGUAGAAACCUUGGCAACAGCUGGGUUGCAGAUUGCAAAAAAAACAUCUUUUACCACUGCCAUUCAGUUCCGUAGUACUGGGGAAUUGUUCCAGCAAUCUCAGCGUGGUAAAGAAGUACUCCAGAAGGUGAAGGAUUUCAUGGGAAAACAUGUUUUUCCAGCUGAAAAGGAAAUGGCAGAAUUUUAUGCCAGAAAUAAACAUUCACCAGAUGUAUGGAAAAAGCCAGCCUUGAUUGAAAGACUGAAGGAAAGGGCCAAAGCAGAGGGGCUCUGGAACCUUUUCCUGCCAGCUGUUAGUGGUCUUGGCCAAGUGGACUAUGCCUUAAUUGCAGAGGAGACUGGGAAGUGCUACUUUGCCCCUGAAGUGUUUAACUGCCAUGCACCAGACACAGGAAACAUGGAAGUCCUGCACAUGUAUGGCUCGGAAGAGCAGAAGAAACAGUGGCUGGAGCCUCUUCUUGAAGGGAAAAUUAGUUCUUGCUUCUGCAUGACGGAGCCAGAUGUUGCUUCGAGUGAUGCCACCAACAUGGAGUGUAGCCUUCAGAGAGAUGGAGGCAGCUUUAUAAUCAAUGGCAAGAAGUGGUGGAGCAGUGGAGCUGGAAAUCCAAACUGCAAAUUUGCUAUUGUGAUGGCCAGAGAUAAAAAUACAUCUGCAUCCAGAUAUAAACAGCACAGUAUGAUCAUUGUGCCAAUGGAUACACCAGGAGUCAAACUUAUAAGGCCUCUUUCUGUCUUUGGAUACUUUGAUUAUUUCCAUGGUGGACAUUUUGAAGUACAUUUUAACAAUGUUCGGGUACCUGCCUCUCAUUUAAUACUAGGGGAAGGAAGAGGAUUUGAAAUAGCUCAAGGAAGACUUGGACCAGGACGAAUCCACCACUGUAUGAGGUCAAUCGGAGCAGCCGAGACUGCUCUACGGAUCCUGUGUGAGCGUUCAGCCCAGAGGGUGACAUUUGGGAAGAAGUUGUAUCACCAUGAGGUAGUCGCCCACUGGAUUGCCGAAUGCCGUAUUGCUAUUGAACAGGCAAGACUGCUGACACUGAAAGCAGCCAGCAGGAUAGACACCCUGGGCAACAGAGAAGCCAGAAAAGAGGUUUCUAUGAUCAAAGUGGUAGCACCCCGAGCAGUCCUUAAAGUGGUUGAUUGUGCCAUUCAAGUUUGCGGAGGUGCUGGAUUCACUGAUGACUUUCCUUUGGCUCAAAUGUUUGCCUUUGUUCGGACCUUGCGUGUGGCAGAUGGGCCUGAUGAAGUUCACCUCUCUGCAAUUGCUAAAAUGGAACUGCUUGACCAAGCCAAGCAGCUGAAUGCUCAUCUCUAAUAUUGAACUUUCAUAUAAUAAUGAUAGCAUCACAGCAAGAAAUUUGAAACAAUGAUUUAAGUUAGGCAGGAGAGCUCUAGGUGAAAAUUGAAAAGCAGCUGAAUUUGAAGAUUUCCCAUUUUGAAAAAGUUCUCAUGUAUGGAUAUAUCUUGAAUAAAUUCACAUUUGCUAAUCUUG